AUGAGCACCGCAGCAAACUCUUAUUACUUCCGUCGCCGCACCAUGGGCCGAGCGGCCUCACCUCCGACGUGGGCAUGCUACGAGCAGAUCCAUAACGACGACGAUUACAGCGACUCUGACUCGGAUUCUUGCUCCGAGGAUGACGACGACUACAAGGAGAGUGGUGUUCGAGGACAACAUCAUGGGUCGGAUUCAGAUGAGAACGAGCCUGGGGUAGCUGCGGUAGAGACAUCCAGGAACGACGACGAUGGACACGACAUCGACAUGGAUAUGGAUGUAGACAGUCCUGAGGGAGCGUCUAAAGACGCCGCGGCAGACAAGCAGAAGAAUGCUAAGGGAAAGCAGCGAGCCAUUGAGCCCGAACCAGAGUCACCAAGACGCCAGAGGAAGAAGCGCCAACAUGUCUACACUCUCAGGCCAAUCUUGACUAUUCAGAAGAGUCAAGGCUUCGUAUGGAACCAGGACUUGUUCGUCCCCCCAUAUAUCAAAGAUAGAUACAUUGCAUCCACGUCUCCUCCAAACUCCAGGGGAUUCAUCUCCAGCUCUGUUUCGUCGAACAACUCGGCCAUGACGGAUUAUGAGGUCGAAGUUGUAGAGAUCCGAGUGAAAGAGGGAGACCUGGAGGGGAUCAUUCCCUGA